GCGCGCCGGGAGGCACCCCUCUCCCGCCCGGCACAGCCCAGGCGGGGCCGCCGCUCCGCCGCAGAUCCGGCUCUCACCUUCGGCUCCCGCGACCCCGCGGCGCCUACUUCUGCGGACUCUGCGGGACCCUCCCCGGCAUGCGCUGUGCGCUGGAGAAGGCACAGGGGCGCAGGCAUGGCUGCGGGGGCGGCGGCGCUGAAGGCAGAGACUGUGCUGGAGGCGCCCCCGCAGCAAGAGCAGAUCUCUCAUACAAAGCUUUCUGCAGAAGAUGCGUGGAAGUUGAGGGCUUUUUCAGAUGACCUCAUUUGCCAGUUCCAGCCUGCAGCAGGAGAGGAUGUACAAGAUGCACCGGGGCCACGAAUCCAUGCACGUGGAAAUGAUCUUGAUCUUCCUCUGCAUUCUGGUCAUUGCCCAGAUAGUGCUGGUUCAGUGGAGACAGAGGCAUGGUCGAUCCUACAAUCUGGUGACCUUGUUGCAGAUGUGGAUUGUCCCCUUAUAUUUCACGAUAAAACUAUACUGGUGGCGGUUUCUGUCUAUGUGGGGGAUGUUCUCCGUUAUUACCAGUUACAUCCUCUUCAGAGCCACCCGAAAACCCCUCUCAGGAAGGACACCACGGUUGGUCUACAAAUGGUUUCUUUUGAUCUACAAACUCAGCUAUGCAUUUGGUGUUGUGGGUUACUUGGCGAUCAUGUUUACAAUGUGUGGAUUCAAUCUGUUUUUCAAAAUCAAAGCUAGAGAUUCCAUGGAUUUUGGCAUUGUGUCUUUGUUCUACGGCCUCUACUAUGGAGUAAUGGGGACAGACUUUGCCGAGAUCUGCUCAGACUACAUGGCUUCCACUAUAGGGUUCUACAGUGUCAGCGGGUUGCCUACAAGGAGCUUAUCAGACAAUAUCUGUGCAGUCUGUGGGCAGAAGAUCAUUGUAGAGCUUGAUGAAGAAGGGCUCAUUGAGAACACCUACCAGCUUUCCUGUAAUCAUGUCUUUCAUGAAUUCUGCAUCCGAGGUUGGUGUAUCGUUGGGAAAAAGCAGACUUGCCCUUACUGCAAAGAGAAGGUUGAUUUGAAGAGGAUGAUCAGUAAUCCCUGGGAGCGCACACAUUUUCUCUAUGGACAAAUCCUGGAUUGGCUUCGUUAUUUGGUGGCCUGGCAACCUGUGGUGAUAGGAAUAGUUCAAGGCAUUAACUAUUCACUAGGGCUGGAAUAGUACAGCAGACCCCAGAAGCAAUAUACUGCAUGGUUGAAAUCCUUGGUCCUACAUUUAAUAUUAAUUUUUUUAAUUUUAGAGAAUAUCCCAAAUGUUUAGAAAACUAAGUAAACUUUGUUGUCAAGUAAUUUGUCUAUGUGGAAAGAAUUUAAAGAGAAGCUGAACAAUGGAAUAAACAAAUAAAGCAUGUUUUUUCAUAUUUCC